AUGGGAAAUGUCGGGGCCAUCCAGGGAAGCCGCCUCUGCGAGCUUCUGGGUGCCAUCUGGUGCCGGGAGAACCCGGAGCUCCGUGAGCUGGCGAGGAGGGUGCCCGUGUACGUGGCCAAGGUGUUGCAGAGCGCCUCGAACAUGCUGGAGCGGCUUACAAUGUUGUGCCAGAACUACCAGGACUACGAAGCCCUGUACAACUACGCCGCCAAGCAUCACUGGCACAAGUCCAGGAAGGACGAGAAGAGUGACAAGCGGGACAAGCCCAUCCUCGUCAGGUACGCCGCGCUCCAGGGGCUGGAGUUCCUCACGGCCAUGACCGCCAAGGGACAGGCAAUCACAGAGGCCUUCGCAAUCAGUGCCAUAUCCGAACUUACGAACCACGCGUACAGCAAACCCCACGGCACGAUGGCGCCCAUAGACAUGAGCAUUGGCCGACACGACGAGGCCCCGGAGGCCCACGAGCCCUUCUCGCGGGCCCCGCGCGGCGUGGCGACCACGCCGCGUGGUGAGCCCGUGGGGGCACGGGGCCAGGCCGUGAGCUCCGAGGCCCUCGCGGGCGACCGGGGCAUCUCCACGGACCGCGCGGCGAGAUCUCCCGGGGCUCCGAGCAACGCCCAGAUCUCAGGGUCGUUCCCCCAGCAGGCGGCGCGCCCAUGCAACGAGGCCAUCGCAGCCUGCGCGCGGGCCACCGAAUGGCGCCGCGCGCUGCUGCUCCUCCGCGGGAUGCUGCACGCGGGCCCGGCGCCCACGGCGGCGACGUACUGCGCCGUGCUCGCCGCGCUCGGCAGGGGCAGCCUCUGGGGGCACGCGCUGUGGCAGCUGCGCCGCAUGCGCGCCCAGCACACGCCGCCAGACCUGCACUGCUACACCGCCGCGGCGACCGCCGCCGAGCGGGGCGGGCAGUGGGCGCGCGCCCUGGCGCUGCUGGCCGCGGCAGCGCGGGGCGGCCUCCGGCUGGACGCCGCCUACGUCGGCGCCUGCCUCAGCGCGCAGCGGAGGGGCGCGCGGUGGCGCGCGGCCUUGGAUCUGCUGGAGGGCUCGCGAAACGCCCACGUCGCCACGACCACCGUCUCGCUCGGGGCCGCCAUCGCCGCCUGCGGCGUGGCCGGCGAGUGGGCCAAGGCGCUGGGGCUCCUCUGCGAAAUGCCAGGGCGCCGCCUCGACCCCACCGACGCGUGCCUGGGCGCCGCGGUCAGCGCUUGCGCCGUCGCCUCGCGCUGGCCGCAGGCCCUGCGUCUGCUGUUCGGGGCCCACGAGCGCGGCGGCCCGGCGCCGAGCGCGGCGGCCUGCGGCGCGGCGCUCGGCGCGUGCGCGCGGAGCGCGCAGUGGCUCCAGGCGCUCGGCAUCCUCGAGGAGAUGACGUCUCGCAGCGUGGAGGUGGGCGCCGCCACCUGCAGCACCGCGGUGGCCGCGUGCGAGCGUGCGUCCCGCUGGGCCGUCGCGCUGGAGCUCCUCGCCAGCGCCCAGGCCGCGCGACUGGAGAGCCAGGCCGCGCUCGGCCCCGCGCUGAGCGUGUGCCAGAGGGGGGCGCUCUGGGAGGAAGCCCUGCGCCGGCUGCGGCGGGCGCAGCUGGAGAGGCAUGGCCCCGGCCCCGGCGUCGUGGCCACUGCGGCCGCCAUCGCGGCCUGCGCAGACGCGACGCACUGGCGGUGGUCGCUGCGCCUGCUGGCCCCGCGCAGGGCGCGCGACGCCCCGCCGAACGAGGUCGCCUUCGGCGCCGCGCUGCAUGCCUGCCGCGUCGGCCGCCAGUGGGCCCACGCCCUGGCGCUGCUGCGGCGGAUGGCCACGGGGGCGCUGAGGGCGGACGUGGCCAGCUACCUCGCCACGACCUGCGCGGGGGAGCGCGGCCUCGCCCCGGCGCGCGCGCGGCUGCCCCUGCUGGCCGCCCUCCAGAGGGCGCUCGCCCGCGGCGCCCGCGGGCGCUGCCUCGCGACGCCGCAGCUGGAGGAGUGGCUCCAGGUGGCGGCCGUGCUGCGGCCCCAGGGGCGCCUCGGGCCUCGCCACGAGCACGCGCUUUGCAGGCGCGCCGCCUCGGCGGGCCUGGUGCAGCUCCUCGGCUUGAGGCGCGCCGGCUCGGCCGAGCUGGCCGAGCGCCUGGCCGAGCGGUUGGCCGCUGCGCCCCCGUCGCUGGGCCUCCCCCUCGCCACGGCGCUGCCCUGGCCCUGGCCAGCGCCGCCUGGCGGCUGUUCGGGCCCCGCGUGCGCCACGGCAGCGUCGGGGGCGGCAAAGAGGGGGGUGAUGAUUGGGUGUGUUUGUGUGUGUGGCCGCCGGCCAUGA